AUUUUGUGACGAGUAUACAACUAUACAUUUAUACAAGCGUUUUAUUUUGCUAUUGUUGCACUUUAUGUGUUUCUUUAAUUAAAACAUUGUAUUCUACACCUUUCCAAGCAAAUUCAACACCAUUCUUAAUUAUAACACAAUGGCGGAUCGAUUAACUCAAUUACAGGAUACUAUCAAUCAGCAAGCAGAAUACUUUUGCAAUAGUAUAGGUAUACUGCAACAGUUUUCGACUCCAAGUAAAUUUCCUGGUUUCGAUCGUAGUGGCUCUCAAACCCCGCAGCAACAGCAAAAUCAGGAAGAUUAUGCUAUGUUAUUUGCUACGUUAAUAUCACGGUGUGCUAAAGACAUUGAUACGCUUAUCGAGUCCUUGCCGAGUGAAGACAGUUCCACUGAUUUGCAAGUUCAAAGUUUGAGGCGCUUAGAGGCUGAAAAUAAGGAAGCUGCUGAACAGUUGGAAGAAGUUGUACGGCAAGGAGAAAUUCUUCUUGAAAAGAUCCAAGGCGCUCUUAGUGAUAUAGCACAGUCACAACUGGACAUGCAAAACCCAGCGCUCAUAUUAAACAAAGAUGUCAAACCACAGUUAUAGAAUUUGAGAAAGUCCAUCAUUGGUGAUGCUUAGUUAUGAUAAUGAAUAUCUCAACUGUGUAAAUACAAUGUAAAAAAGGGAUUACCCUAUUAGGCAUCUUUUUUAAGAAAAUAAAAUAGUCAAAUAACAAUCCUUUGAUUUAAAAAAAAAAUUAUGGUAGAAUAUAAAAACAAUAAAAUUAAAAUGCUGUAAUGAUUUUAAGCCUUUGUAAACAUCAAUAUUGACCAAGUUAGUUGCCCAAUAAUUAAAACAUCUUAUUUCGAGUUUGUUUUGGGAUUUAUGAUUGAUUAUAAUGAUUGUAAAUAAUAAAAUCAUAUGACUUUUUUAUAACUUCUGACCAUAUAUGAGCAAUCUCAAAUAAAUGUUUAGAUAUGUUUUUGUUAAAUAAUACUGGUAUGAUACAAUAA